AGAUUAUCUACAUUUUUUUAUGGUUUGUUAUACGUGCUUCAGAGCAGUGUAAUGGUUCUUCAAGGUGAACCAUAUAAGGGUUUUUCAGCCUGAUGCCAUAUGAGAACCCUUUACUCUCAAAUUCUUUAGAGAGCAAUCUAUUUACUGGUGCUUUAAAGAACCCAGAAAUGGUUCUGUACAGCAGUGCUACAAGGAACCAUGUUAUAAGAUCCAUCCAUCCAUCCUCUACCGCUUACUCCUUUUCAGGGUCACGGGGAACCUGGAGCCUAUCCCAGGGAGCAUCGGGCACAAGGCGGGUACACCCUGGACAGGGUGCCAGUCCCAUGUUAUAAGAUGAUCUCUAAAAAAAAAAAAAAAUAACUUUAGUUAGCGCUUUAAGGAACCAAAGUAAGGUUCUUAAGAGUGAUGCCAGGAGAACCUUUCGCAGUCCCACAAAGAACCUUUUUUGGUUCUAAUUGGAACUUUUAUUUUUAAGAGUGCAGGUUCUUGUGUUCCCUCCCACCUCCCAAAAACAUGGCAGUGGGUGGAUUAGCCAAGAUAAAUUCCCCCUAGGUGUGAAUGAAUGUAUGAAUGUGUGUGCAUGGUGCCCUAAGAUGGACUGGCAUCCCAUCCAAGAUAUAUUCCUGCCUCACACCCAGUGUUAGGCUCUGGAUUCACCGUAACCCUGACCAGGAUACCGUGGUCACUGAAAGUGAGUUAUUUGUUCAGUACCCAUGAAAUGGAAGUCAUUUGUCAAUACGCCAGUAUCGUGGACCAUACACUAAAAAUUAGUCAGGUUGUGUGCAAAAUCUUGCAACUUGACUCUAACUGCCAGGGUUUACUGGUGCUAUAAAGCCUCCUCUCUCCCCUGCUGAAGAAGUAAACGAGUGUUGUCAGGUAGGCCUAAAAUUCAUAGUGAGGCCCAACGUUUAUGUAAAUCAUAAAUAUGUGGCUUAUAACAUUUUAGUGUGGUUUUAAUUGAAUGACUGUGGUUUCCUCUUCCCCUUGCUGUUUCUGGAAGUUCACUGCAAUCAGAUUGCACUGAUGGAAAUGCAGGCCCAUGCAAUAUACAAAUAGCAUACAUACUGUAUGGGCAAGAAAAAGUAAAAUCAAUAUUGUUUUUACUUUAAGGUUUACUAUAACACCAACCAACCCUAGAAAGAAAUUUUAUGAUUUUAAACAAUCUGUAUUAGACCCAAACUCUAGACCACAUUCAGGUCCCAGGAAAAUGUCAUAAGAACAGUUAGGAAACUGCAAACUGCAGUAUACAGUUCCACUGAUGUACUGGAUGAGAAAAUGACUUUAACUCGAUUAGUGAAACAAAAGCAGCGAGUCUUUGGGUUUAAAAUGCCGUAAGACAUAUAUUAGACUUAUAUUAGUGUAUAAGUGACCUGUUUACCGCAUAUUGGUGUUAGAAAUAGCCUACAUUAAAGAGAUCUUAAAUAUUCGAUACACUGCACUGUCCACAUCGAUUAAAGCAAUAAUUUAUUUUCCUUUACAUUGCAAAUUGUGCCUUGAACGACAUGAGAGAAAGUGGGAGUGAGAGUAACUGAGCGCGCGCGCGCGCGUGCGUGUGUGUGUGUACGCUGAGGCUCAGCAUUGCGUGCGAAGAGAGCAGCUUGUCAUUCAGAGGAAUCCGCCACCUGAAACGCGAGGAAGUAAAGUCGGGUAUAAAAGUCAUCUGCCUGGAGCUUUACAAGCUGAUGAACGUUAUUCUUAGAGAAUAAUUACAUAUUAAUUCCAUGUAAUUAAGUCCAUGGAAUAUAACAUUGCUAGAAUCAUUCUUUGAUUGAUACUUCUCAUAUUUGGGACCUGGCCGAGUACACUGCACCCCGACUGCGAGAUGAUACCACCGGGAGACUGCAUGUAUGCAGGUCGGAAACGGAGGAAGCCUAUACAGAAGCAUAGAAAGCCUGCACCUGUGAGCGAGAAGUCCAACCCGUCAAAACGGCACAGAGACCGGCUGAAUGCAGAGCUAGAUCGGCUGGCCAGUCUGCUACCUUUCCCACCUGAGAUCAUCUCCAAACUGGACAAGCUUUCUGUGCUGCGUCUCAGUGUCAGUUAUCUUCGUGUCAAGAGCUACUUCAAUGCCAGUCAAGAGAAGCAGUUGAUGAAGCACCUCAGCCCUCCGUCCAUUAAUGACAUCAUGGUUGAAACUAUGUCACCUGUGCCUUGUACAUCUGAGAGUGAGCUGCUGCUGGAGUCCCUAACAGGCUUUGCUCUUGUUGUGAGCAGUGAUGGAAUGGUCUUCUAUGCUUCCUCUACUAUAGUGGACUAUCUGGGCUUCCAUCAGACUGAUGUGAUGCACCAGAACUUCUUUGACUACAUUCACGUAGAUGAUAGGCAGGAGUUCAGGCAACAGCUCCACUGGUCCAUGAAUCCCUCAAUGACCUCUGAUCAGGAUUCAGCCACAGGAAAUGGUGAGGACUUUGUGCUUAGCAGUUUAUUCCACUCCCAGAAUGCAGCUGGUGUUCCUCCAGAGUUUUCUUCCUUCCUUAACCGGUGUUUCAUCUCGAGAGUGCGCUGUCUGCUGGACAGCACCUCAGGAUUUCUUACUAUGCAAUUCCAGGGUCAUCUAAAGUUCUUGUAUGGACAGAAGAAGACGGCAUCUGGCACUUCCUUACCCCCACAGCUGGCUCUGUUCUGUGUGGCCAUGCCUCUGCGCUUUUCCUCCAUCACAGACAUGAAGAUGAAAAACACAAUAAGGGGCAAGCACAAAAUCACAGGCAAUAACAUGAUCAUAGAUCAUAGUGACAGAGAACAGCACUCAAGAAGGCACUCAGUGAUGAAUGAAGGCAGAGACACACUCUUUCUGAAUUCUUCCACUCCAGUAGCCACCUUACUCCACCAUACACCCUGGGCACCAUUUUCCAAAGAAAAUGUCAAAUUCAAGAAUGAAGACUACUAUGGUAAGGAAGAGCCUCUUAACAUCUGCAAGGACUCUUUAGGUAGCCAGAAAGUCCCUCAUUUGGACACAACAUGGCCUCCCAGAGGCUCUUAUGGGCCCUUCUGCACUGGUCAUGGAGUCAACUUGUUGCUUGGUGGUAGAGUAAGCAAGCAUGGUCACUAUGGGAAGCCCUACAAAAUAUCCCCAAUGUAUUACAACAGCACAACGGAGCUUUAUAUUCCAAAGAUCUAUGGGAGUCUUCCACCACAAGAAGUGGUGGAAGGUAAUUAUGUGGACAGCAACAAAAGUGAAAAUGCCUGUUAUGAGGGCCAAAGACAAGUCUAUGAUGCACAUCUGAUAGCUGAGUUACCAAUCAAGGUAGAGCAUGACUCUGAUGCUGAAAACGAACGUGACUUUUAUGACCAGGCCUGGACAGCCCAAGAGCAUAAUAACAGCUCUUAUGAUGGCCUACAAAUGAAAGCAGAAGAUAGUUACUAUGAACAGUACAUGCCUUGCCAAAAAAGCACAGGGAGUAAUGGACAACUGUACAAUAACCAGUACCCAAAUGCGUUUGGAGCAACUACACAACCUCUAAAGUGUGUCCUUGAUAAAGAUCCAGAAUAUCUCCGUCCCCAGAGGUUGGGACACGUACACCCACUCAACAGUAGCCAAAGUGCUAACUGUAUGGACAGCUACAAUGCUGGGACUAUGGAACACAAGGGCUUCAUACAUCAAAAUUACAAACUUGGCUAUCAGCUCAAAGGACAAGGACUGCUUCAUUCCAUCAAGCGCGAGCCUAUGGAUUCUCCACCCUGGCAUGUAAAUGAAUAUGAACAGAUAGGUGGGCAAUGGAAUAUGAUGCCAAAUUGCAGAUUGACUCUAGGGCAGCCCAAAGCUAAUCCAUAUGUCUUUAUGCAAUAAUGUAACAUGACAGUCUGCUAUAUGAUGGCUACUUCUGUUAUCAUUAAUGAACCAAAGAUCAAAGAUGCUUAAUUAAACUUUUAGCAAACACUUUUUUUUUUUUUUUAAAGGUCGACUUUUUCAGGAUAAUUACACAGGUUCUUUACAUUUCAGGAAAUGGGGCAGGAUUAUUUUGUAUUAAAUAAAUGUAUUAAAUUUGUAUUUUAAUCAAGUGUUUUCGUGUUUGUUUUUUAUGCACUUUUGAUUGAUGCACUAACUGAUGUUAGCUGUCAAGUGAAAUGAUUUAAUUACUAUUUAUUGCAUGCUCACUUUUAAUCGUAACAUAUUUCCAACAAAAUUUUAAAUGGUACUAAAAGCAUUUAAUUGACAUAGUAGUGCAGCAGGUAGCGUUGUCCAUGUGGGUUUCCUCCACGUUCUUCUGUUUCCCCACACCUCCCAAAAACAUGCCGAUAUGUGGAUUGGCCAUGCUAAAUUGCUCCUAGGUGUGAAUGUGCGUGUGUGCAUGAUGUCCUGCAAUGGUAAUGGUAAAAUGGUAAAUGCCGCACUUAUAUAGCGCUUUUAUCCAAAGCGCUUUACACUGUGACUCAUUCACCCAUUCACACACACCAAUGGUAGCAGAGCUGCCAUGCAAGGUGCUAACU